AUAAAUGCUAGAGACUUUCCAAAAGAGUCGUCAGUUCUGUUUAAACAUUCAAAAUGAGUCCGAAACUAGUUUUCCUUUUCUUCUGCCUUCAAUUGUGCCAUCUGUCCAUGUCGAUGGAAAUUCCACAAACUUUUACUCAAUUGAGCGAUUCUUCAAAAUGUGUUGCCUCAUGUGGCAAGUUCAAUCUCCAAAUUGGCAAGAAACUCUAUUACGUUGAAUCCAAGGAGAAGGUCAAUUGGUAUAAAGCAGUCAACAACUGCCGUAAGAUGGGCGGAUACUUGUUGAACAUUGAGAGCAGUACAGAAAUGGAUUUGUUUGCUGCUUUAUAUCCAUCGGACAGCCUCUGGACAUCCUUAAACAGUCUGUUAAAUACUUAUCAAGCCUCAACCAUUCUGGAGCCAGGAACUUUUCUAUCCAUCGCGACUGGAGAGCCGAUGCCCUACAAUAGAUGGAAGGAGGGAUAUUUGAACCGUACUGAAUUGUGUGUGGAAAUGACCAAGGGAUUCCUGGAUUCGAUAACUUGUGUAAAUUUGAGGUACUAUGUGUGCCAAGCUCACAUACUUUAUUGAUGAAUUAUAAUUAGUUAAUUCACAUACUUUUCUGUCAAAUAUAUCGAACGAAAAACAAUAUACAAUUUACAUUAUUAUCAAUAUUUUUAAUGAAUUCUUGAGUAUGUAACACAAUUAAAUCUUCUUCAAUCUCAACGACGAGGUCGAUCUAUAAACAAGAGCAUACAAUAUAUGUCAAAUGGAUUGAUAAAGUCUUCAAAGAGAUUUUGUGUGAUGGAUACUUGGAUAACCCAAAAGCUACCAUUUUUCUAUGAAGUUCAUAACAUCUAGUACCUAUUUAACACAAAGAUAUCAUUCAAACGAAUUUGGAAUUAUUAAAUUCAUUUUACAAAAUAUGUACCACAAAAUUCAAAACGGUUCGACAUGCUGAAUAUUCUGAAGUCCGUUUAACUUAACCCAGUUAAAUUAGAAACAAAACAAGCAAGAAUAGAAUGUUUAACAGAUUGACUCGAUUUCUUUUUUUUGUUAACUUUCUUCAUUAAGUCAACAUCUGAUCGUUAUCGCAAAAUCAAACAGGAAUCCUGAUCAAUAGCGUUAACACACAACACUCAUAAAGAUAACCAAUACACAAUUUCGUCCUUGUAACUAUAAAUGAUCACUUUACUUACGAUAAGUGUUUACAAUUGGAAUAGUAUAAAUUCGAAAUGCAUUUACAAAGAAUCAUUAGUUGAACGAAAGUCAGCAACAUGAUCGGAGAACUUGGUCUUCUCCUAUUUUUCCUGCAAAUUUGACACUUUGCAAUGUCAAAUAAGACGAUUUCAGCUCCUGAAAUAAUUACCCAAGCAUCUUCGGUUGAUGAAUUGGAAAGCAAUUUCCCACUCCAAAUUGGCAAGAAAUUUUACCGAAUCGAAGAUCAGCGUGUAAACUGGUACACAGCGGCGCACAUUUGCCGACAGUUGGGAGGAAACUUACUCAAUAUAUACCCAUUGGUCGUUAUUGGAUAUCCGCAUACUGUCUAGCAGAGGACCGCGAGUUCAUUUCUAUCGCCACAGGAGAGAUC